AUGCUCAACGAGAGGAUGAGCCGGUUGAGUCAUGAGCCGACGAACAGUAGAACGUCUAACUCCCUCGACUUUGCAGGCCCUAUCAAGAGCAUCCAGGAGGAGCACUGUUUGCUCGAACCAACGCCAUCUGCUUCAUCAAUCGGCUCUAUACGAAACCAAGAGACCUUGUCGUAUAGGCCUACCAGCGAGGGUAUUCGUGAGUUUCAUUACGACUCUUCAAAAGAGGAGCACGAAGGUGAAUCGUCACUUUUCGCUCACGCCGUCUUUGCGAGUCGGUUUUUGCAGAACGCCAUUGACAACACGACCAACUCCGAAGUUGCACACGAGAUGGAAGCGGCCCUGGACGGCCUUAGGUCAGCAGUCAAUUCUGGGAAACCGCAGUCUGAUACACUCGAUAAACUGUAUCCUCACGCCAGGGCGAUCCCACUCGGUUCGACGACCCGCGGCCUUCCUUUACCAACCAUGGACAAGGUAUUCAUGUGCUUCCGUAUGGCCCGGGAAUCCUCCCAAGUAGCCAUGUUAUGGUUGGGAAAUCUUAUGAGACCGGCCCAGUUCAACGACUACUUUUUCAAAAUCGCAUCGCCUAGCCCAACUACCGAAGCCGACUUGGUUAUUGUCCAUUGCGGCCUUUACUGGCUGUUCUGCGAGUGUUCCAAAGUCGCCACGAAUGAAGAAACAAAACAAGAUUAUGACGCGCAGGCAUUCAUAUGCGAGGUGAACCUCGAGACUGUCCUGGCCAACCUUCGGUUUCAUCAGCCAACAAAUAUCGACUUCGUAUAUGCGAUGGGCAUGGCCUCAUUGUAUUGUCUCCAGAAGAGUAAGCCAUCCACCGCGUGGAACUUCAUCAAUUCGGCCUCGCAUAUGAUACAAGCUCUUGGUUUGCAACAUAACGUGCCUGCAUGCAUAGAGGGGCCAGAAGAACAGGCCCAGAAGAGAGAUCUGUUUUGGACCAUAUACACAACAGAAAAAAUGUUGUCGCUACGCCUUGGUCGUCCAUCGACCUUUCGGGAUCAGGACAUCACACUGACCCGGAUUGGUAUGGGACGUCCCAACGGUUCUUUUUUGGCUGAACUGGCCCCCGGUUGGGUCAACAUGGCAACUAUACAGGGCCGGAUAUAUGACGAUAUAUACAGUCCAGGAGCUCUCACACAACCACCGCACAUCCGCAAUUCUCGUGCCCGGGAUCUCGCAGCCGAGUUAAAAACUACCAUGCGACGUACCCAAGACACCCACGACCAUUACGAAGCUAGCAAAGGGCAUGUGAUGGGCGUUGAUUAUCACGAAAUAGCAAGACGUUACGACCGAGUAGUCGGCUUAUGCAUGCUUACGCUUAUUUACCGAAGUAUCGCCCCAGAGAUACCAUCGACGUCCGCAUUUUGUCAGGAAUGCAUCGAUGCCGCCAGAGACACCCUUAAAGAACACAACCGUUGCGUCGCUGUCAUCACCAAGGCUCGAGGGAAGACAGUUCUCCUUGAAACAUACAUCAACUGGACUAUCAUCCAGUCUCCAUUCAUACCCUUCAUCAUCCUGUUCUGCCACGUUAUCGAGACGUCCAAGACCUCAGACCUCGAGCACAUGAGGGGUGUUGUCGAAACGCUCGAGUCUACAUCAAAUACCCCCGUACAUAACACAUGCGCUAAGCAACGGCGCCUCUUCAAAGCGUUGUACGACGUCGCGGAAAAGUAUGUCGAGGUCAAAUCCCGCGAUGACAGUGGGCAAGUGGGAAUGCCAUGGUCGAUGCAGUAUGUCGGUGUAUUUGCCCGCAAGGCCUCGAACGAACUCGCACUCAGUCCAUUGGACUCCGCAGGAAUUGUAGGAGACUCGGGGACGACGAAUACUGUAGAUGCCCCCGGUCCCUUGCCGUUGCAUAGCGAGGCUAAUGGGGAGAGCAUGGGGCUUGUGGGUGGACUAGGCGGGCCUAUGGUGUUUCGCAACACGGCCUUUGGUGAUGUAGACGUGGAGAUGGAUCUCUCGGGGGCUCAACUUUGGGACUGGUUCAACAAGAACCAAUCCAUGAUGAGGAUGCUGGAGGAUACAUAG